AUGCUCUUUGACCCGGAGACCGCCGGCGACCUCAAGCCAUGGCUCAUUAGGACCCUAGAACCUAUAUGCGACGCUGAGCCAAAUGCACUAGCGGAUUAUAUUCUUGCAUUGCUCAAGCAUAAUGCGCCCGAAGCUGAGCUUCGGAAGGAGCUGUCAUCACAGCUGGACGAGUUUCUCGAGAAAGAAGGCCCUUCUUUUCUCGACACUCUUUUCACGGCAUUACGCACUAAAUCAUACCUCCCCUACUCCGCCACCUCGCCGUCGACUAGCUACCCAUCCUCGAGUACACAAGAAGCUGACGUCGGCAUACCCAUCCCACUAGACGCGCUCCUGUCCCCUUCUAUUCCAACGUCCCCCGAGCGCAGACGAAAACGAAGUUUGGACCAUGACGAUCGUGAGUUCCGUCUUGCAAAAGGUCCACGCCUCAGCAACGAUGGGCAGUUCUCGCGCUAUGGCCAGAAUGACAAUCGACCAUCUUGGGGCGGUCGUGGCGAUAGGGGAGGUAGGAUAAGUGGGCGUGGGGACUAUAUGGAUGGUGCGAUGCCCAAUGGCGGCAUGGGUAUGGGCAUGUCUCAGAAUGGCCGGAUACCGUCAUAUCAGCCCCCAGAUCGGGCCGCCAGAGGGAUCUGUCGAGACUACCACAACAACGGGUACUGCGCCCGGGGUGCAUUUUGCAAAUACAACCAUGGCGAUGACGCCGUCGUUCCAGCUCAAUUCUUCCCUAUGAACGGUGCUAUGGGCCCAAUGCCGUUUGUCCCAAUGAUGGGGAGUGGUGGUACUGUACCGUUUGGCAUGGGAGGAGCAUCCAACGCUGCAUACGAUCCCCACGAACGCAUGGAUAUGCGUCCAGUGCAGGGUUCAGCCCCCAUGGGUAACCGACCAAUAAACCCUCGCACACCUACCAUGCCGCGGCAGAGUGACCCCAGUGGUGCCGUCGCUCAGAAGCCUGGUGAGCUUCCUGUCGUUCAAGACUUGACUCCUCAGGCAUCACGAGAAGAUGGAUCUUCGCAUGGACCUGGGCCCUCUGGUGGGUACAACGGCGUAGAAGGUUCAGGACCUUCGAAUGGGGAUGUUGUCAUGAACGGUAUGAGCAUGCCCGCUCAACCACAGGACGUUGACAGGAUGUCGCCUAUGUCUAUGCCUCAUCCGAACGGUCGACGUCCAUUUCGUGGGCCGAGACAGGGAGGCGGUCACUUCGGCGGGGAGAUCUCGACAUUUCGGCCAGAAAAGCGGAACGACAAGACACUUGUCGUGGAAAAGAUCCCCGAGGAUAAGCUCAGCCUAGGCUCUGUGAACGAGUGGUUCAAGCGCUUCGGCACCGUUACGAACGUCGCCGUAGAUGUCGCUAGCGCGAAGGCAUUAGUCAGUUUCUCCAGCCACGAUGAGGCUUUGGCAGCGUGGCGGUCGGAAGAUGCGGUCUUUGGGAAUCGCUUCGUUAAGGUCUUCUGGCACCGACCAAUGGCAGGUCAUGGGGAGGCCGGCGCGCGCGCACUCGCUGCAUCUGCGCCUUUGGUCGCGAACAUUGGUGCGAAGGAGGCAACACCCGCUCCGGCUACGCCAGCGGAGUCGAGCACAUCGCAGCCCGUGCGACCAACUUCGACACCCUCCCGCAAAACCUCCACGCCCUCCGCCACAGCUGCACUGGCUGCAAGGCAACAGCUAUUGGAGCAGCAAAUUGCCGAGCAGAAGUCACUAAUGACACAGCUUGCGACCGCGUCGCCGCAAGAGAAGAAGGACAUCAUGGCGCGUUUGCGCAAAUUGGGCGAGGAAAUGAAGCCUGCUGCGUCGAGCUCACGACCUCCACCCCCCGCUGCUUCUCAGCCACUCGCGAAAACGCCCAGGGGCAUUACGCCUCGUCCAGACGAUAAAGAGCGGCUGGAGCGAGAGCGAUUGGACAAAGAACUUGAGCUACACCAUGCUGUUAGUGCCGCAGAGGGCGAGGCAGAGGAGAACACGGAGGAGCUGAAGGCGGUGCUUGACAAGCUCAAAGCAGAGGCUGCUAGCCUUGGGAUCGACGCGCCUGACGCAUCAUAUGGUGGCUCGUCGUACCGUCCAUACCGAGGUCGCGGGCGCGGGCGCGGUCGUGUGCCAUUCCGUGGUGCUAUGCGUGGAGGUCCUCCGAGAGGCAGCAUGAAGCUCGAUCUUCGUCCGAAGAAGUUGCUCAUCAAGGGCGUCAGCACCGAUGCCGUCCAGGCAGUUCGUGAGUGGUAUGAGACCACUGGUCAGGUUGAAUCGGUUGACCCAACGGAUACCGGAGACAUCGUUGUGUCCUUCCGGUCCAGAGCUGCAGCAGAGCAGGGUUUGGUGAAGGGCUCAAGCAUACCAACAAUCGGUCAGGUCCAGAUCUCAUGGCAGAAUACGCAAGCGGCGCCUCCGCUUACGAAAACAUCUCCCCCAACGGAGGAGAUACUGUCUGUCGCCAAGACGGCGGUAGAAGAACCCCAUUCUAGUUUACCGAGUCAUGAGGAUGAUACUCACCUCCCAGAAGAGUUCUCUGCCUCCAGCUGGGGUGGCGACGAUGCUGAGAAUGAUUAUGGGAUACUGUAAUGCUUGCGUGACGAAGUGACGUCUUGUUGUCUGCUCUUUUUGUACUCGCUGCUUCACUGUCUAAUAACGAGGGACUGUAGCUCUCCCACGGGAGACUAUUACCAAGGGCCACAAGAGUGGCCCCACCG